GGUUAGGAAGGGAGCUCGGGGCUGGGAGGCUGCACAGCCGAGCACUGGAGCAGGACCAUCCGCUCGCCCAGCCCGGCGGCACAGGACUCGUCUUGUUCCUUUUCCUUUUUUUUUUUUUUUUUUUUUUUUCCCCUCCACCUCUCUCCAUCACUCCAAACGGGUCGACUUAAUUGUUAUUAUUUUUGAAUUGUUUUGCUAGCUGACUUUUUUCCUCUUGUCUUUUUUUUUUUUCUUUUUUUGAUUGAAGGUUGUGCUAAGACUUUUUUUGGAAAGCCUUAAAAAAAAAAAGGCAAGGGGGGGGGGGGAAGAAGCCAGCAAGAGACUGAAAAGAGCAAGAGAAAGUGGCAGCUAAGAAGGACUGUGAAAUCACCUCCCCUUUCUGGGGCUGUCGAUCAGAGCGAGAGUUGUACAUUAUUCUUAUUGUUUUUCUUUCUACAUCUAUCCACACGCACACGCAGUGAGAGAGCCAAGUACAGACAGCGAAACUCGACGAGACCAGCCAUGGUAGCAAGGGCUCAGCCUGAUCGGAAACAAUUACCGCUGGUCCUACUGAGAUUGCUUUGCCUUCUCCCUACAGGGCUGCCAGUCCGCAGCGUGGAUUUUACCCGAGGUACCGAUAACAUCACCGUGAGGCAGGGGGACACAGCCAUCCUCAGGUGUUAUGUAGAAGACAGAAGCUCCAAGGUGGCCUGGUUAAACCGUUCUGGCAUCAUUUUUGCUGGAGAAGACAAGUGGUCCCUGGACCCUCGAGUAGAGCUGGAGAAGAGAAACCCCCUGGAAUACAGCCUGCGGAUCCAGAAAGUGGAUGUCUACGAUGAGGGGUCCUAUACGUGUUCAGUGCAGACACAGCAUCACCCCAAGACUUCCCAGGUUUACUUGAUUGUGCAAGUUCCACCAAAGAUCUCCAAUAUCUCCUCGGACAUCACCGUGAAUGAGGGCAGCAACGUGACCCUGGUUUGCAUGGCAAAUGGGCGUCCUGAGCCUGUCAUCACCUGGAGACACCUCACCCCAACAGGCAGAGAGUUUGAAGGCGAGGAGGAGUAUCUGGAGAUCCUAGGGAUCACGCGAGAGCAAUCGGGCAAGUACGAAUGCAAAGCUGCCAACGAGGUUGCUUCAGCAGACGUCAAGCAAGUCCGGGUCACUGUGAACUACCCUCCCACCAUCACAGAGUCCAAGAGCAAUGAAGCGGCCACGGGACGACAAGCCUUACUCCGGUGCGAGGCGUCAGCAGUCCCCACGCCUGAUUUCGAGUGGUACAGAGAUGAUACCAGGAUAAACAGUGCCAACGGUCUGGAGAUAAAGAGCACGGGAAGCCAGUCUCUGCUGAUGGUGGCCAACGUCACUGAGGAACACUACGGGAACUACACCUGCGUGGCUGCCAACAAGCUGGGAGUCACAAAUGCCAGCCUAUACCUUUACAAACGAGUUUUACCCACACUCCCCAAUCCUUUUCCAGGACCCGGCACAGGGAGAGUAGACAACGGCUCCAUGAGUUUGGCCGUCCCACUGUGGCUGCUGGCAGCGUCCCUGCUCUGCCUACUCAGCAAAUGUUAAUACAAAUCAGAAUUAAAAAUAAUAAUAAUAAUAAUAAUAAUAAUUAAAAAAAAACCCAACACGACAACAACAACAACAACACACAAAACAAAAUGCGUUAUACAGGAGACAGAGCGAAGAGAGGGGAGAGAGAAAAAAGAGAGGGGGGGAGAGAGAGAGGACUGUUUCUUUCACAACUUUUGUGUGUUCAGGAGCGAAGAGGGGGGAGAGGAAAAAUUACAGCAAAGAAGACUCAGCAACAUUUAAUCCAAAACCUGACAAGCCGGCUGUCAAGUCACCGACCGUCUAGGAGGCAAAACGAAGUGAGGGAGAGAAUGGGGCACCAGCAAGGACUGUGUCGCCGGAGGAUGCUGCAAUGUAAACAAUCCAACAAAACCCACAAAGCCAAUCGAACAGGAGAUCCCUUUUCUUUUCUCUCCUCCUUCCUCUUUUCCAUACUCCCUCACCUUCCUUCCUUCCUUCCUCCUCUUUCUUUCUUUUGCGGAAAGAGGUCUUUGCUUCGGUGUCUGUAGCCACUUUACUUUUUGGAUGCCCUGGGUCAUUUUUGUGAGCUGAUGCUCAGCCAGUUCCUAUUUUUGAAAACAACAAAAAGGAAAAAAAAAAAAAGCCACAAACCAGAGCAAGCCACCUGAAGCUCUCUGCACACUGGUGUCCUGUGAAGAACCCCUUCCUCUCUUCACGUCACCCUGCGCUCCUGUGCACCCAGCCCUUGCUAAACACCUUCUUUCCUGUCCCCUCCUUCGUGCAACAUUGUGCAAGCUGGCCUGAACUAAAGCUGUGUCAACUCUACUGAAAACAUACUUUCCUUUUCUUUUCUUUUAAUCCUCUUCCUCUCCCCCCCUCAAUUCGACCAGGUAUCUUUCUCCCGUGUAUGCCUGUGUGCGUGCAUGCAUGCGUGUAUGUGUGACUCUUGCUCUGUCUUCUCUCUCUUUCUCUUGCUCUCUGGAAGCAUGCAAAAGGAACAGUCCAUGUGUACAUAUGCUCAUCCUGCUGUAGAUAAUGUCCUGCCUUGUAAGUGUGAGACAAGAUGCUGAGAGAUCACUCAGGCAGAGAAGAGGGGUGAGGAGAGGGGAGCGGCUGCAACACAGGUUCCAUGGUGUCCCCUCUCCGGCGUCCUCACUGGCUUUUUGACUCCUGGCCACCUUGCUUGCAAGAGUCAGUCUGCACCCUUGCUUAGCCUUUUUUUCUCUCCCACCUGCAACCUGUCUGGCUCUCAGCCUUCAAGUACCAGCAUAGCAGCCCCUGCUACACUUGAGUGCUUGCACACGUGCAUGGGGGUGUGCGCACGUGUGCAUUUGUCCAAAUAAGCGGAAGAAACCGGGACUGGCCUGCAGCACUACAGAGUGCAGAGUGCGGCUGCCCACUCCUCCUGGGGAGGGGAGGCUGGGCCGGUGGGAUGUGAGUGAUGAGACCUUGGACAUCACCGAGCAGCCAUUCCUGUAGGUAUAGUGUGUGCGUAGGAACGAUGCCUCUACGUGAAAAACCACAAUCUGGUCAUUCCUAACCGUUUUGGUAGUCAUGCAAAAAUAGAGCCAAUACCCUUUUUUUGUUGUUGUUCUUUCUGUCCCCCCCUGUUAUAAAAGGAAAUGUGUGCUGUGUAAGGGUGAGUGUGUGUGUGUGUGUAUUGUACACCACUGCUACUACAAAGCUCACUUUGCAAAUUCCACAUUUGAAACAAAUUAGGUCAGAAAAUGUCCGGGACCUGUGAAUGUAAGAAAAAAAACAAAUGUCAGGUCCAAAAUUCUGGGCUUAUAAAGAAGGAGCUUAAAGUGGUGCAGCAAAGAAGUAGGCAGCACAAUUCCCCUUGUGCUUCUCUUUUCUCAUCUGAAGGGUGCUGGUCUUGCUGCAGGGGGCUAUCGUUUGCCAUCACCCUUCCCAUGGCAGAAUCACAUGCAGAGAUGCCAACAGGAGAUGCUCUAGUGGCUCCUGAGUGAGGAGAAAGAGAGGGAGAGAAUAGGCUGUCAGAAACAGGGCUAAGAAAAUGCUGGGUGGUGGCUGGAAAUCACCAUGCCAGCAACAGGUCUGCUGCAGGAGCCGGAGCGAGCGGUGGGAGAGGGGAAGCCAACAGUCGUACGCUCCAGUGCCUGCAGUGCCUGCGUGCGGACGGGAGCAGUGGGGAGAAGACUCCUGUGUUUCCUGGCCAGUCACGAGCCCUAGCAUCCACAGCAGCAAAGAUGACAAAACACAGGGUUUAUCAAGUAGCCACUGGGUCUUUUAGUGGGAGGGAUGUGCAGGGAGGAACUUGAGUUAGCCCACACAAGUCGAGUGACCAUUCCACGCCCGUACAGUGUUUUACAGGCACCAUUGAGCUGUCAAGCACCAGCAAGCUUGCUUUUCUGUCUUUGCCCUGGGAAUUGGAGCAGUAGCAGCAAGCUUGGCAGCCACGCUCGCAUGCUCUUGAAGGCAAGGGGGAAACAGCUUGGGCUUGCAGCCCUGCGGCGUGCGGGAGGGGAUACCCACCAGGCGGUCCCCCGCCGGGAAGGAAAGUGGGAAUUGCCGUCUGUGAGCCUGUCCCCAUCUUCGCAGAGCUGGGGCACGCUCCGCCAAGGCCUCUCCCUGCCGCUCAGCGCGGUGCUUUCACCUUGCGCUGCGGCACUGCCAGCCCCUGCCUCCUCUCUGCUGAGCUCAGCUGUUUCGGGCAGCAGCAGGCAGGCAAUUAAGCAGGCAGGCAAGGGCUCCUCACAGGCAGCCAGAAUGAGCGAGGAAAUAUUAGGGAGAGAGGCAAGAGGCUGAAGUUCGGGUGAUGGCAGACUCGCUGUAGAUCUGCUGUGGAUUUGGAGGGUGGUAAAUUAUGCUCCCCCUGCUCCUCCAGGUCCCAAAGCCAUACGUGGGGGUGUUUGUGCCUUGGUGCAAGAGGGCAGAGCUGGGCAACUGGUGCCUGAAAUCCGCCCAAGGCAUUCAGGGACAGGUCCCCCAUUCCGAGAUAGGGCGGUCUUUGAAGGGACUUGUGCAUCUCCUUUGGAGACUGCUGUGCUGCGGCCCAGGAAACAAAAUGCCCUGUAUCCUUCAGAGCAUUCAGACACCCCAGUCCUCGUGCCUACCUCUCCGGAGGGUUGUGUCAUUCGGUGUCUUAGUUACAACUCCAGAUUUCCCGCUGCAACGGGGCUCCUCAUCCCCUGGUACAGCCGCGAGCUGAUGCUGGUCCCAGGAGCCGGGGCUUGGAGCUGCACCGUCUCCAGCACACUGGCAUGAGGGAAAACACUGCAUCACCGGCAUUUCUCAUUCUCAGGGCUGUACCUACGCCUGGAUUUAUUGUCGCAGGCUUGUCGCGAGAAGGUGGGCAGCCUGCAGUGACUUGCCGGCACAGGCUGUUCCUAAGGGCUGGGUCAAGCCCACGGUUUUUUCUUUAGUUUGAGGCUUCUCUUUGAUGUCAGCCUGGUUGCUGUUGUAAGGUCUGUCGUGCGUGUUGUCCUCUGCAUGAGUUUUUGUCGCUGUGGGGUCACUCCUAAGGCACUGGUUUCACACACAUCAGAGCCGUAUGGUGUGGUGGUGGUCACGAGUCCCGGCACCUCGUUGUCUCACAUCUUUCUUGGUUUGAAGUUUUGAGGGGAUAUUUUUGUAGAUGUCAAGGCACAGAGGCUUAUGUUUAAAGGGAAAUAUACUACUAAAAACAGGACACCCGUUUUUUGAAGCCAUCUGCCUAUUAGCUAGACAAAACAGCCACAACCCCGGUGCUGGGAUCUGGUCUUGCCUGCAGGACCUGGGCAGAUCCGUGCCUCCGUUGCGUGGCUGUGAAACAGGGUUAAAGCCAGUUAUUUGCAGACCUGUCUGAGAAAAGCCACAAAUACCAAGUAUGCCUGUUAUCUGCAGCAGUGCUGGGAGCCCCACUCCUGUCAAUGUCUGUUCCUAGCAGGGCUGGGGGAGUUGUGGGUAGGCUGGAGCUUGAUUUACUCCAAGAAGCUAAUCCUGCAAGCUGCCGUGUGCGUCACGGGAUGCUGUGGCCAUCCCCCUGUUUCCUCCUGAACUUGAGCAGGGAUCGCUCAAAGCAUCUGUCGAGAGGAGAGCCUGAAUGAACAUAGGAAACACAGGCAAAAAGUCAAACAAUUUUCUCCAUUCUCUUUCACCCCUCUGCCCUUUGACAGAGAAGUUGCAAAGGGUUUUCUCAUGUCUCAGGCCCUUUUCUCUGAAGCUGUUUCUCCUCCUCGCCUCUACUCCAUGUUCAUGUUGCUAUCUUCCCCAUUGCCUCCCGAAAAGCUGCGCUCUUGCUUCCUGCUGCCUCUCAGCUGGUUGGGGACUGGGAGAGAUGGGAGUUUGGAAUGGGACACCAGUUCCUUGAGCUUGUCAGUGUAAUUGUGUUUGAUUGAUGGAGAUUUAACAGUUAGUGUUAUAAAAAGAAACAAACAAAAUGGAAAAAAAAAAAAAGAAAAAGAAAAAAAUUGUAUUUCUUCUAC